AUGAUAAAUUUAAAUAAAUCUUCCAAAACAUUAAAAUUAGGAUUUUUUUCAAAGAGAUCUUUUUCUUCAAGUUCAAUUUUAUUUAAUAAGAAAUUUCAAUUAAGCGAGCCUUUCAAUUAUGAACAAGAUGUAAAAUAUUCUUUAGAGGACCCAAUAAAUUUUUGGGAUGAUGUUGCAUCUAAAUAUGUUCACUGGAAUAAAAGAUACGAUAAAGUUUAUAGUGGCGAUGAAGCAAAUCCAGAAUGGUUUAAAGGUGGAAUUUUAAAUGCAUGUUAUAAUGCGGUUGAUGUACAUGCUAAAGAUCCAGUCACUAAAAAUAGAAUUGCUUUAAUUCACGAAACUCCAUCAAAAGAUAACACAAACACUUUAACAUAUGGUGAAUUAUGGGACGAAGUUUGUACAUUUUCAAGAGGUUUACAAAAUUUAGGUGUAGAAAAAGGAGAUCGUGUUGUAAUAUAUAUGCCAAUGGUCAACCAAGCUAUUAUUGCAAUGUUAGCAUGUGCUCGUUUAGGUGCAACCCACAGCGUAGUAUUUGGAGGUUUUGCAUCACCUCAAUUAGCACAACGUAUUGAACAUUCAAAACCAAAAGUUGUUAUAUCAUGUAGUUUCGGUAUUGAAGGUCACAAAGUUAAUCAUUAUUCACCAUUAUUAGAAAAAGCAUUAGAACUAUCAAGUCAUAAACCAAACCAUGUUAUUGUAUAUAAUAGAACAGAUAUCAUUCCAGAUACUCCAAGUCCAAAGGUACCUGGCUCAAUUGAUUGGUAUGAGCUAACCAAAGGAAUUUCGCCAUUAAGAGACUAUGCUCUUGUAGAUAGUACACACCCAUUAUAUAUUCUCUAUACUAGUGGUACCACUGGUAUGCCAAAAGGUGUUGUUAGAGAUACUGGUGGUUAUACAGUUGCUUUAAACUAUGCAAUGAGAAACUGCUAUGGUUUGAAACCAGGAGAUACUUUCUUUGCAGGUAGCGAUAUUGGAUGGGUUGUUGGUCACACACUUUCAGUCUAUGGUCCAUUAUACACUGGCUUAACAUCAAUUAUAUUCGAAGGCAAACCAACUAUCCCAGACGCAGGUGUUUAUUGGAAAUUGAUUGAAAAGCACAGAGUAAACGCAUUAUUCUCAGCACCAACAGCAAUUAGAGCAAUUCAUAGAGAUGAUGCUGAUGGAAAGAUUGCAUCUAAAUACGACUUAUCAUCAUUACAAUCGACAUGGCUCGGUGGUGAACGUUUAGAUAUCUCCACAUUUAAUUUCUUAAGCAAUGCUACAAAGAAACCAAUUCUCGAUAACUAUUGGCAAACUGAAUCAGGUUGGCCAAUGAUCACAAAUCCUUCAGUUCAAAUUCCAAUCAAACCUAAUUCUACAGGUAAACCAGUUCCAGGUUAUAACUAUGCAAUUUUAAAUUCAAAUAACGAACGUUUGGGAACAGAUGAAACCGGAGAAGUUUGUAUAAAAUUACCAGUUCCACCAGGCUUUACCAAUACACUUUAUCUCAACCACGAAGGUUAUAAAAAAAGCUAUUUAGAUUCAUAUCCAGGGUAUUUACGUACAGGUGACUCAUGCUUUGUAGAUAAAAAUGGAUACUAUCAUAUUAUCAGUCGUGUUGAUGACAUUAUCAAUGUUUCAGGUCAUCGUCUUUCAACAGGUUCAAUUGAAGAGAUUUUAGUUAAACAUCCAAAGAUUGUAGAAUGCGCAGUCAUUGGAGUUAAUGAUGAAAUUAAAGGCGAAGUACCAUUUGGUUUAAUUGUAUUAAAACCACAAUAUAAAGAUUCCUGUUUAGAAGUUGAAAAAGAAUUAAUUAAAGAGAUUAGAGAAACUAUUGGUCCAGUUGCAACAUUCAAAAAAGUAAUGGCUGUUAAUCGUUUACCAAAAACCAGAAGCGGUAAAAUUUUAAGAAAUAUUUUAAGAAAAAUGUAUAAUAAGGAAGAAUAUGUAGUGCCACCAACAAUCGAAGAUAUGGCAGUCUUAGAUGAAGUAGAUAAAGAAUUUGAAAAAUAUAAAUUAGAAGAAAUAGAACAUAAAAAACAUAAAAAACAUUAA